AGACAACCCUGUUGGAUUUAUGCCAAGGUUUUUUAGGCUUGUAAAGACUUUAGUGGAAGUGGUAAAAGCCGACAGUUUAAAAAAAUAAUAAUCCAGAAUGCCCUUUACACCGUCCGGCUUCUUCUGUGACCGGCUGAUCCGGGAGAGAGAGAGAAGAGAUGGAGAAGGAUCCCUCAGCAAGCCCCUGCGCUUCAGCGGGCAGGACUUUACCGCACUGAAACAAGAGUGCCUCACCAAGAAGUGCCUGUUUGAGGAUGACACCUUCCCAGCCUCCGUGGAGUCUCUGGGGUACAAGGAGCUGGGACACAAGUCCAACAAGGUCAAGAACAUCGUCUGGAAGAGACCCAAGGAGAUCUGUGAGAACCCUCAGUUCAUUGUGGGCGGAGCCAGCAGGACAGACAUUUGCCAGGGAGAUCUUGGUGACUGCUGGCUGCUGGCUGCUAUAGCCUGUCUGACUCUGAAUGAGAAGCUUCUCUACCGGGUCGUUCCUCAGGAACAGAGCUUCUCUGAGGGAUAUGGAGGAAUCUUCCACUUCCAGUUCUGGCGCUAUGGCGACUGGGUUGACGUUGUUAUUGACGACCGCAUCCCCACCUUCAACAGCCAGCUGGUGUUCACCAAGUCUGCCGAGAGAAAUGAAUUCUGGAGUGCCCUGCUGGAGAAGGCCUACGCCAAGCUUCACGGUUCCUACGAGGCCCUGAAGGGCGGUAACACCACGGAGGCCAUGGAAGACUUUACCGGGGGCGUGACAGAGUUCUAUGAGAUGAAGGAGGCGCCCAAGGAGCUGUACAAGAUCAUGAAGAAGGCCCUGGAGAGAGGCUCUAUGAUGGGCUGCUCUAUCGACUCCCUGGUUCCUGCUCGUUUCGAGACGCGCACUGUGACUGGCCUUGUGAAGGGCCACGCCUACUCUGUGACUGCCGUCGAGGAGUGUAAGCAGUCCCAGCACAAGGAGCCUAAGGUGCGUCUGGUGCGCCUCAGGAACCCCUGGGGACAGGUGGAGUGGAAUGGGCCCUGGAGUGACAACUCUAAGGAGUGGGUGUCUCUGUCCAAGGGAGAGAAGGACAAGCUCCAGCAUCAAAGUGCGGAGGACGGAGAGUUCUGGAUGGCCUUUGAGGACUUCAAGAAGAACUACACUAAGAUUGAGAUCUGCAACCUGACCCCUGAUGCCUUGGAGGACGAUAAGAUCCACAAGUGGACGGUGUCUGUGAACGAGGGUCGCUGGGUCAGAGGCUGCUCCGCCGGGGGCUGUAGAAACUACCCAGAUACUUUCUGGACCAACCCUCAGUACCGCCUGCGUCUCUUGGAGGAGGAUGAUGACCCAGAAGACAACGAGGUGGCGUGUUCCUUCGUGAUCGCUCUGAUGCAGAAGAACAGACGGAAAGAGAGGAAGAUGGGAGCCAAUCUCUUCACCAUCGGAUUUGCCAUCUACGAGGUGCCGAAGGAGAUGCACGGAAACAAGCAGCACAUGCAGAAGGACUUCUUCCUGUUCAACUCAUCCAAGGCUCGCUGCAAGUCCUACAUCAACCUGAGGGAGGUGACCCAGCGCUUCCGUCUGAGCCCCGGGGAGUACGUGAUCAUCCCGUCUACCUACGAGCCUCACCAGGAGGGAGAGUUCAUCCUCAGAGUCUUCUCCGAAAAGAGGAACACCUCAGAGGAGAUAGAGAACAGGAUCGAGGCUGACCAUCCAGUGCCGGCCCCAGCCAAUGCGGGGGAGGAGAGUGAGGAGGACCAGCAGUUCCGGAGCCUCUUUCAGCAGAUAGCCGGGGAUGUGAGUACGGGGAGUACAGGGAGGCCAGUGAGGCCAGUGAGCGCUUGGGGGAGUGAAAUGGAAAUAACCGCCAACGAGCUGAAGAAUGUCCUCAACAGCAUCGUCUCCAAACAUAAGGACCUGAACACAGAGGGUUUUAGCCUGGAGUGCUGCAGGAGCAUGAUCUCUCUCAUGGACGUAUCCUCUAUGGACGGGACGGGCAGACUCAACCUGCAGGAGUUCAGACAUCUCUGGAACAAGAUCAAGCAGUGGCAGGGAAUUUUCCAACACUACAACUCGGACCAGGCUAGUAGCAUCAACAGCUACGAAAUGAGAAAUGCUGUCAACGAUGCAGGCUUCCGUCUCAACAAUCAGCUCUAUGACAUCAUCACCAUGCGUUACGCCAACGAGGGCAUGAACAUCGACUUUGACAGCUUCAUCAGCUGUCUGGUCCGGCUCGAAGCCAUGUUCAGGGCGUUCCAGGCCUUCGACCAGAAUGGAGACGGUACGAUCAGACUCAGUGUCUUGGAGUGGCUCCAGCUGACCAUGUAUGCCUAGAUUUCCAGAAAGGUGUUCUCAGCCAAUCGGCCUCUCUGGUGACACCCACCCAACGUGAAGAACAGAGGCGAACUACCAGCAUUUACCUCAGUCGUGACAGUGCCAGACCGUAGCGCUAACCCUGCCAGUACCACAUCCACCACCUUCGUCCUGUUCACCUCACGUCAUCCCCCAGUCCUCACAAUAGACUGCUACUCUUACCAGUCCAUACUACUUACAACUCCAUCACAUCCUUCUCCAUCUCUCUCUCCCUCCAACCUUCUCCAUCUCUCUCUCUCUCUCUCCCUCUAACCUUCUCCUUCCCCAUCUCUCUCUCCCUCUAACCUUCUCCUUCCCCAUCUCACUCUCUCUC